AUGGGCAAAUUAUAAAUAAAAAAAGGAAAAUAUUAAAUAAAAUAAAAUGAAAAUAUAUAUUAGUAAAUAGAAAAUUUAUAUUUCUAUGUUUGUGAGAAAAAAUAAACAAUCAAUGAUUUGAUUGUUUUUGUUGAUCAAAAUGGCUCAACAAAACCUGAAUAAUUAUAAAUUCUGUAUAGUUUAACACAAAUUUAUUGCUUGAAUCCAGAUAAUACAUUACAGAUUUAGGGUUGGUCAACUUAUUUGACUGCUCAAAUUCAAGGUCUCACUGAUCAAUCAAUCGUGUAAAUAGUUACUAGUGAUAAUUAAUAAUAUGUAGCAGAUGUUGUAACAUAGAAUUACAUGCAUUUCACAACAUCAUAAAUAAGAUUACCUUCAUAGAUUCAGAUGAUAAAUGUUGAUGGCUAAAAUAUCCUCAAGACCCCAAUUAAAUUAAUUCAAAAUAAUGUAUAAGUUUCGUUAAGUUUCUUAAUAAAUACUCAUCCUGCUGACAGACAGUAUUUCUAAAUGAAGUUGAUUCAAUAAAAUUAAAAUCCUAAUUUAAUUGUAAAAAAUUUGUUUAUCAGAAUUAAAUCCAUUCAGUUUACUGAUGAAUUAACUUAAGAAGAUACUAACACAUUCAAAUACAAGAAAUUUAGCAUUAUUUAAAAUGAUGUUGAUUUUUAUGUGUGCACAAACUAAGGAAGUUUUAUAUUAUCAUUCGGUAAUUAAUAAGAUAUGAUGUUAACUCCUACAAUUUAAAUGUUAACUUAGAAUAAAAAUCCUAAAGCUGGUGACAUUUUAUAGUUUAAUAUUACUUCUUCUACUUCUAAUCUCAUUAGUAAAAAAUAAGGUUAUGCUAUGAAAGUUACAUGUCAAAACGGCUACAAAUAAGCAUUCACUGGUCGUCCUAAUGUUGAUUAAUAUUUUUCUUUAUCUUCCUAGCAAAAUGGAACAGUGUACAGCUUUAUAUUCCCAACAAUUAUGCAGAGGUUAAACCCAUAGAAGGAAACAUGCGAUAUUUCUAUUGACAUAACUAAUAUUUAAUCUAACUUAAUAAAGGAAUAUAGAGAUUAAAUGGAGAGCUCUUAUUUUAGUUCUGUAUUUUUAAAAGAGCCAAACAUUAGUGAGAAUCUUUACUUUAAAGAUAUUGGAGAAAAUAUUAAAAGUAAUACGCUAAUAUCAUUUAAAGAUGCAGUGAUUCCUGAAAGAUAGAGAAUUUAUGUAGAAACAUUCUCUCCUAGUGUUAUAUCGUCUUAUGGAAGUGAAUAAAUAAUUAUUACAGGUAAUAAUUUCUUGUUAAACGGAAGUGCUAUUGAUAAUAUAACUGUUAAGCUUUUAGGUGUAAGUUGUGAAGUUUAAAGUGUGAAUAAUACUCAAAUAGUUUGCAUUUCAGGACCUAAAACUAGAAUUGAUCCUUUGGAAAAAACUUAGGUAUUGAUUGGUAACUCUGAAGCUUUGCUGUUAAGUCAUGUUGCUUAUUCAAUUGAUCUUAAGGAAAAUACUUAGCUAGAAAAUUAUUUUGUAAAUGGGUGUAAGAUCAAUGUUCCAUAUAACUAUGUUCUUAAUGUAGAUCUUGGUAAAUUCUAAGGCGAUGAAUUAAAUUUCUUUAAUGUGAAUGUUGAUGAAUAACUUAUCUUUAGAAGUUAUAGAGACUUAAAUGUUACUUUCAAAAUGUUUUAAGGAUUGGGAUAAGUAAGCUUUGGUACUAUCGAUUAGAGAUUUAAUUCAAAUUGUAAAAUUUUUAUUAAUUAAUAAAAUGAUGUCAAGCUGAGCUCUUAUGGAAAAAACAUUGAAAAUUAUUCAUACACUUUAGUGAACAGUCUUGAAACAUAACAAAAUUUGAUUGAAGUUUAAGAAAGCUAAGUCCAACUUAAAAAAGGAAACAAAAUCAUGGUAUUGGCUACAACCUAAGAAGAAAGAAACGAAGAAUAUAUUGUUGAAUCGGUGAAAUAUAACAAAAUAUACCUUUCAACAAACAUAUAAACAAGACAUUAAAAUACAUAAGAAACCAUCAACUAGCAAAAUGGAGAUUCUUAUUUAUUCAGUGUUUAAGUUCCAAUAAUUUAAAUAGAUAGAAACAUUUAAAUUGAAGGCUUUUAACUCUAAUUCUAAGAUUUGUACGAUACUAAAGUAGUGGUGAAUUAAUUUAGUUCAAAUAAAGUUUUCAAAUCCUUUAUUAAAUUAAAUUAAGAAACCUAUAUCACAUUUACAAAUAUGACUUCUAGUGUUUUAUAAUCAAACUUUACUCAUUUAGCAUAUGACAGAGAAUACAUUAACAACUUUUUCAUUAGUGAGAAUAACUAGUGUAAAAUAACUCUCACAAGAAGUGGUAAAUUUAAUAACAAUUUUUCCUAGUGCAAUGUCUAAAUUCUUAAUAUUGACGAUAGGACUCAAGUAAAUGAAAUUUAAGAAGUGUAAAACAAUAUCUUUGCUACUACUUAAACUUGCUUAAAUGUAAGAUAUCCCUAUAAGCUCGUAAUGAAAGAUAAUGUUUGUUUGUCAGUUUAAUACUUUACUAACUUUUUUUACCUUCAUACAAUUUAAUCAGAAGGAAUAGCAUUUGUUGCUUUAGACAUUAGAUAAGCCUUGGUUCUUUAUUAAUUUGAUCCUACUUAAGAGGUUUCACAUGAAGUAUUUUCUGUCUAACCACAACAAUCAAACAAUACAAAGAUUUUGAUUGCUGCAAACAGUGUUAAAAACCAAAACAAAAAUACUCCUGCCUUAUUCAUCAAUAAUAUCCCUCUUAAUUAUUACUCAAUGUUUAAUUUUUACAACUUUGAAUUAAUAGGAUUCAAUGAAAAUAACACACCAAUCUAAUAUCAAUAUGUCGAUAAUUAGAAUAAUGCUAAUUAAAAUUUUAUAUCAAUUUGUGAAUUUUAUAAUUUCAAGUCAGAUUUUUUGAAGAAGACUGUGCUAUUUAAUGACACAAAUUCAGAUCUUCAAAAAGGAUUAGCUUUGAUAGACAAAGAUGGAAGUUUAACUGGAAAGGUCUAAUCUAUAUUAUCUUCAAAUAUUGUUAGACCUGAUUUAAAUUGCCAGAUCAAUGAAUAAAAAUUAUAAAGCUGCUCUCCUCUUAUCGGUGUCAUGUAUGUAAACCCUGACGUUGAUUACUAUUGCAAAAAUAUUUAAAAUGCAGAUUUAAAAGUCAUACCAAGCGAAACAUAAUUUAUCCCAAACAUAACAUAAACAACUCAAGUUUUUGUUACAUAAUUGUAAUAAACUUUUUCAUUUAGAUUUGUUAAAAAAUUAACAGGAGAGGAAUUUAUACCAUGCAGAUUUAAUUUAGAACAAAGAUAUUUAGCAGAUUCUAAUUUAGGCUUUAUAGCAAAAUACUCAGUAGACACAAAGAAUAUCUCUAGCAUAACUAUAUAUAAAUAUUAAUGGCAGUAUAUUAGGGAUUUCGAAAUAUUGUUACCCCUCUUUUCUUUUUCUCUGAAUAGAUCUAUUUCAUAAUAAUUAAUAUCCAAAAAACGGAAUUUUUGA